CAGCGAGAGAAAACAAAUAUGGCAGCUCGCAUGUCUUCAAAGACGAUUGUAGACGCAAUCUGCAGAUCGAGGAAACAGCUCGUCUCCGUCGUUAAUUACGGUACUUCGAGCGCCCACGGCACGGAAUUAGACGUCAUUGCGCGAGGGUGGUUGUACGACAGCCUAUGGAUUGCGACGCGCAGCGCGCCGGACGACGCCAAGUUGGGCAGUAUCGCUGCGGCAGUCGAAGAAGUUGGAGAUGAAGCGAUGGAAACUAACGUCGCUAACGCCGAGUCAACGAUUGACGGAGCGACCGCAGAAUCCGAAGUCGUGGACGACGUCGCCGCCGAGCAGCGGCGUCAAAUCCUCGACACCGUCGCGGCAUCGGAAGGGUUCUUUAAGCACCAGCAACGCGGGGAACCCGACCUGAGUUACGAGGAGAAGCGAGAGAUCGCCGAGAAGACGUUAGACGGCAACGUGCCGCUGUUCCUGCAGCGUUACGCCAAGUUCUUGUACAAGAAGACGCCGCCUACUUCGAGGCGCUUAGGAGAGUCGACUACGAGGUCGACUUUCACGUCACGGAGAUCGAGAGACGCAGCCGCAGGGGCAGCUCGCGAGCGCAGCGUGCAAACCAAGAAUAGGCGAUACGAGGCCCUCGAAAGACUCAAGACGGGCGGCGAGUACUUCAGUGACAAAGAAAUGCGGCGAAGAAACCCGCUGCUGUUCGAACAGAUGAUCGGCCGCUACAUGACGGAAAAAGAGAAGCUAGACCUCGACAAGAUGGACUUCUCGACUCUAACGUUCUCCGGCCUGCUGAUGGAGCACAUAGAUCGGAACGAGGUCACGAGCCUUCGAAGACAGCAGCAGGACCUUGAGGAGGCCACAUUUGAGGAAAGUGACUCGGACUCUGAAGAAGAAGAGUGUGAAGAUGAUGCACCACAUGUUUCUGCGACAGAAAAGCGUCUCCUGAGGAACGAGUUCAUGAACACUAUGUACGAGAGCUUCCUCUCUGGGAAAGACAAGGAUUACGAUUACGAUUCCGUCGACAACAACGCGGACUUCGACUCCCUCCAGACGAGGCAGCACGACGAGGAGGAAAAGUAUUUCGAUGCUGAAGAGCCGGAGAUUUUAGACACAGUCGCAUGAAAAGGUUUUUCAAGUGCGAGAUAGAACUCCAGUUACCUGGACAUGUAAAUAAAUUAUGCA